GGAGCGGCGGGCGCCGGACCCCCAGGCGGAGCGGCGGGUGUCGGACCCCCAGGCGGAGCGACAGGUCUCGGGCCCCCAGGCGAAGCGGCGGGCACCGAGUCACCAGGCACGACAGUGGGCUCCGAGUCAACUGGCAUGACCGCGCGCACUGGGGCAGACAUUGAAUCGUCUGGCUGGACAGCGGGCAUCGGGUCACCAGGCAUCAGGUCAUUUGGCUCGACAGCGGGCACCGCGUCAUCUGGCAAGGCAGUGGGCUCCGAGUCAACAGGCACGACAGUGGGCACCGGGUCAUCAGGUAUCGGAUUGUCUGGCUCGACAGCGGGCAUCGGGUCACCAGGUAUGACAGCGGGCACUGGGUCACCAGGCAUCAGGUCAUUAGGCUUGCCAGCGGGCACCGCGUCAUCUGGCAAGGCAGUGGGCACCGGGUCACCAGGCAUUGGAUCGUCUGGCUCGACAGCGGGCAUCGGGUCACCAGGUAUGACAGCGGGCACUGGGUCACCAGGCAUCAGGUCAUUUGGCUCGCCAGCGGGCACCGCGUCAUCUGGCAAGGCAGUGGGCACCGAGUCACCAGGUACGACAGCGGGCUCU